AGAGGACCAGAAAGAGAGACUAACAAGAGGUCACUUUCCCUUAAGUACAGGUCACCAUCAUGAUGCCCCCUCAAGUCCUCAUUUCAGGCCUCCUACUCCUUCUCCCCGCAGUUUGGACCACCACUGUGACAUUUUCACAAGACCCUUGGAAUAAUCACACUGAAGUGGUCCCAACACAACCCACCCUGAAGAUCUCCACUAAGGACCUCUAUAUUGGAAUCUCUGUGUCUGCCGCAUUGCUGAUCCUCCUUGCAAGCGUCCUGACUGUCAUAAAGUGCAGACACAGAAAAAAGAAGAAUAUAGAAAGCUCAGUUGUCUUCCAUGGAUUUCAGAAUGAAGUUUUUCAAAGUACGGAGCAACCCGAAGCUGUAGACAAUGUCAACAUUAUCAAAGUUCCAGUUGCCAUUUGAGGGGCCAUCAUCCAAGACUGCAGAAGAAAGAAUGUCACAUGACCAUGCUGUUCUAUUGUCUCUGUGUCAGUUCAUGUCGUGUUCCCAUUUUCCAGCAGCAGUGGAGAGGGUGGCCCUCUCGCUGUCCAUAGGCCUAGUCAUUGUUCUUAUAGUACUCAUUCUUACCACACACUGGGAGCAGUCUCUCAAACAGGAACAGCUUAGAAUCCCCUGUGCUCUUUAGAUGUCCCAAGUUGUGUCUGUGAGAGACAAUCACUGAUAAUUCAGAAAAUAGACUUCCAUCUUAGUUACCAAGACCAUUAAGAAGAGAGGAGUAAGAUUUAAAAAUUAAAAUAUGUAAAUAAAUAAAUAAACAAAUGCAAGUGGGGAGGCCAAGACUUAAUUUAGAAGUACUUCAUGAUCAUGCUUCCUUUCUUUUAUUGUAAAUUAAAACAUUAUUUUUCAUCACCUUCCCCAAAGGGGCUUAAGUCAUGGGAUCUGCAGGUUUCAUUUGUCUGGUAGAUGAACAGAAAGGAAUCUAGAGGUGCCCGUGCUUUCUAAUGGCCCCUGAAAUAUGAUACAGUGUACUAUGGUUGAUCUUAGGAUAACAAUGUGUGUUUCCAGUCAAGAGAGGCUACCAUCGUGAGUAUGGACCAGGCAGACACCUGGGAAGAAGAUAAUGGGGCACAGGCUUGAGUUCAUUGAAGCUAUUUCCACUACACUUCUGCCUUGAUGUUCAGUGUUCUUAGACUCACCCACUGAGCUCUGAGUUAGGAGCUAGAAGGAGACAAUGCAGAAAGGGAAGGGAAGAUGAGGGGGUGGGCCUUGGGGUCUCAGCCUUAGAGAAGUCCUGUUGUAGGUGGGACAGUGUUUGGGGCUACUGCUGGUUUCACGUAGAGUUCUAAGUUUCUAAUUGUCUACAGGCCAUGUUUAUAUUUAAGUGAAUUUCAGAAAGUAAAGCAUUUUUUCAUAGUGAAUCAGUUUGAAACAAUCAACAAACGAUCUGGUUUUGCUAAGAGUUAAAAAAGGCUGCUGUAUUGCUAUCUCCAUUGCCUUUUUGAUUGUUCACAAGUCCCAGUUUUCAGGGGAGUAUUAACUUUUACAUGAGAUUUCUGCCUCCUGAAUGCUGGUGCCCCUGGUUGUCCUCCUAUCUCCAUAUGCCCUCCAUGGCAAAUGUACACACACACAUACACAUACACAGAGGCAUGCAUGCAGACAUGUACACAAAUAACUAAAACUUAAUGAGAUUUAAAAAAUUGUAAAUACUAAAGUGGAAGAAGGUAGAAAUGACCAAUAAGUAGAUACUGAUUUAUUGAUGUAUUUUAUGUUUUUAGUUAUUAAAGAAUCAGUUGUAAUGCCCAUUUGCCAAGCACAGCUUCACUUGUUACCUGCAACAGAAUAGUCUGAAGGAAUAGCUGAAGCCACGGGUCGUUGCUCUUGACAACCUUGACAACCGGCUGACUGGCAUAUGUUUCUGUAAAAUUUUGCCUACUUGCUCCAUAUUUCUUAUUUCGAAAUUAUCCUUUAAAUGCCUGUUUUCUAGUGAGAAAGAGAAAGGGUGUGGAUUUGCAUAGGGGAAGUUCUGGGGAGAUUCUGAGAGGAGUUGGGGACAGAGAAACAGAAAUAGACUGUACGGAAAAGACUAUUUUCAGUAAAAGAAAAGUAAAAAGAAAACAUGAGACUACCAAGCGGGGCCAUCACGGAAGCCUUCUGGGAGCUGUGCCGGCUUUGGCUCACCAGUGCCAGCUCCUGUCUUCCCCUUUCAGUGGUGUUGAGUUCUUAUCUGAGCAAGAUUCCUACAACAGUAAGACAUGGAUAACUGGCUAUCUUUUAAAAAUGAAAUGAUGGUCACAUG